AUGGCAAAGGAAGUGACCAUAACACCCACCUUGAAGAAGGUUGAAUUGAAGGUCUUCAUCCAUUGCUGUGAUGGCUGCAGAAGGAAGAUUAAGAAGGUUCUUAGAAGUAUUGAAGGUGUAUUUGGGAUAGAAAUUGACCCUACACAGCCAAAAGUGACAGUCACAGGAAAUGUGGAUCCACAAAUCUUAAUAAAAAAGCUUAGCAAGGCUGGAAAACAAGCACAAGUUUUGAUACAAUCAAAGAAUGAGAAAGCAAAAGAGUCAGAUGGUGAAAACAAAAGUAGUAGUAGCAGUAGUUGUAAUAGUGAUUCUAAUAAUCAGAAUCAGAUUACUGUUAAUACUACUAAAAAUAAUGAUAAGAGUCCUCCAAGUGAGACAACAAGCACUGCUACUACUACUACUAAUGUUGUGGUUCCCCUUUCAUCCAUUCACAAAACACAAGUCAUGCCUAUUGUUCCUUUGCCUUUGCUUAUAGAUUCUUCUAAUGAGGUCAGGAAUUUCACACAAGAACAUUCUAUUCCGUCGUCUUAUUCUGACGUACCAAUCAUAGUCGCCACCACACCACACAACUACUACUAUUACGUCCCUUACCAAAGUGAAAGGGAAAGACCAGUGUUAUCUCAGACGCUGCAGCCUUCACCGUCCCCGCCACCAACACAAGUUGGAGACUACUUCUGUGAAGAUAACACUAUGGGAUGUCAUGUCAUGUAA